GGCAUACAGAAUUGGCUGAUGAGCAUUUCCACAAGUGAUAAGUGUUUUGAUUUUUGUGAGUGUGGGCAUUGCACCCCAAUGGGUCACCCCAAAUACCCUGGUGGUCAAUGAUCUUAGUUCACUCUUAAUUUAUAUAUAUAUAUAUAUUUAUAAACCUCCUCAAGUCUUUGAUCCUCACUCUUGCCGAGUAGCAUCUCCACCGGCUCAGCCCCCCCGAUUUCCACUGCUCCAGCGCCCAUUUGCCAUGGCGGCGUGUACCACGGUGGACGUCCUGGUGCGCGCCCUCGGCGGCGAGGGCACACCGGUCACCUUGCGGCGUGGCGCCGCAGUGUCAGAGGCCAAGAGGAUCCUGGAGGAUGUUUUGGGCAUCCCAACCUUGGAGCAGCGCUUACUCCUUGGCACCUCCAUCCUGGACGAUGAGGCGGAGCCUUUCCUGGACAUGGCCCCGCUCACGGAGCUGCAGGUCCUCAGACAACCUCGUUUGACGCUGGAGCAGUUUCGGCAGGAGUUGGGGCAUGGUGAGACGCCCUUUGAACUAAACUUGCUCCUGGCAGAGGCAGUGCGCCUAGAGGAGCCAACGGUGGCCUUAGAAAUUGUGGACCACCCAAACUUUGCCGAGGGGGAGAUGACGAUCGAAGAGCAGGGAAAGUUGCUGAAGAUCCUGGCCGUGAGUGGCUUUGCUGCAGCCUUCGAGGGUCUGGUGCAGCAUGAGCGGGUGGGCCGACGACCAGGUGUGCUGGACAAGGGCUUCGAAGCACUGCACCAUGCUGCUUCUCGCGGCUUGCUCUUACACUGCCAGUCUUUGCUGAAUAGUCCGGACUUCCAUGCAGCCGGGUUGAGGAAACAAGGGAAUACCACUCCGCUCCAUCACGCUGCCAACGAGAAGGUGCUGGAAACCCUGCUGACGUGUCCCGACCUAAGAACUGACAAGGUCUUGAACGCAAGAGAUCGAUAUAGCUGCACCUGCCUACACUAUGCCAGCUCUCCCGGAGCAUGUCAGAUGAUUCUGAGCCAGCCUGAAUUUCAUUCCAUCAAUGCUCAGGACAUCGGUGGGCGGACGGCCUUGCAUUGUGCGAAUUCGCCCGGGGUGGCGGAGGAGAUCCUGCGCCAUCCCUCCUUCGACUCCUUGAGCGUCACCGACAGCCUGGGCCGCUCUGCGCUGCACCUGCUGUGCCGGAGUGAAGCGAUCGCGGAAGUGCUGCUGAGCGUUGAGAUGCCACAAGAGGUCUUAGAUUUGUUGGACAAGCGCGGUCGCAGCGCCCUGCACUUCGCGGCCAGCGAGGCCGUGUGCCGAAGGCUCUUCGCCAAGGGCUUCAGCCAAGUCAACGCAUUGGACUCCAUGAAGCGCAGUGCCUUGCACAACGCCAGGGAUGCCGGCGUAGCCAAGGCGAUUCUGGAACAUCCGGACUUUGAUCAACUCAAUGCGCGCUCGGAGCCGGGGCAUGAGACGGCUCUGGCGUACGCGGCGGCCAUCCGAGACGACGCGAUGGUCCGGGAGUUGCUGAGGCAUCCGGGCCACGAGGUCGAGUCACUCCAAGCGGCUUUGGAGUUUUCAUUUCAGCUUCAGCCCGAGACGCAAGCCUUGUUGGAAGAGAAGCUCAAGGGUGAGCCACAGCCAACUCAUAUUUGCCAGAUUCUGUGAAGAGAUUGUCGACCAGGGGAUCCAAGCUGUCGCAUGCGCGAACCUUUGGUCGCUUAAAUGGAGGAGCUCGAAGCCUCGUUCUCUUCCGCUUCAUUGGAUGAUUUCCAGAGGUCCCCAGACCUGAAGUCAGCCCUCGUAAGAGGACAUCAUUACGCUUCGUGUGGCUGCGGCUUAAUCGUAUGUUUUGCUUUGAAUAGGU